UGUUAGCUAUAGUUAGCUUGUUAGCUACUUGCUACUCAGCUGUCAUACUAGCUAGCCUAGCUAAAAUGAAGUAGCAUAUUAACGUAUUCUUUAUAGCUAGCUGAUGUUAACUAAACAUGAUGUAAUGGGAUAUGUAAACUCGCACCGUGACAACGUUAUACACGUUUACUGUAGCUAAACUAGAGUCUGGAAGCUGGCUAGCGUUAGCUAAUAUACAGCUGUGGAUCAUUCGAAUAAAACGAAAGCGGGAAGCAUGAGCUGAAAACGAAUUUGAGCGCAUGGCAAAUUGUAGUACUAAUGUUAGCGGGCUAGCUAAUGGAAUGCACUGAAUUUCUAUUCAUUUUACGCACAGAAAGUUAAACUAAUGUCCACUGAACUGAUAAGCUAAUUGUCUGCAUUCUGAUGGUAUCUUUAGUUGAAGUUGCCCUGGCAGAGUGUGGAAGUCAUGACAGAAGACAGCCUUCAAACAGUGACCUCGAAACGGGGCGGGUUGGGAUCUGGAGAUGUAGACACAGAGCCCAGCAUGCUCCUUCAGAAGCUGAAGAGCAACAUAUCUAAGAAUGUACAGACCAAAGUUGACACAAUUCUGCAAGACGUGCAGAGAUUCUCUGACAAUGCCAAACUGUACCUGUACCUCCAGCUGCCUUCAGGCCCCGGUGCGGGGGAGAAGAGCAGCAACAGUGACUCCAGCGCCUGGAACUCAGCAGAUCAGCUGCACACCUGUAACUGGAUCCGCAACCACCUGGAGGAGCACGCCGACACCUGCCUGCCCAAACAGGACGUGUACGAGACAUACAAGAGAUUCUGUGAUAACUUGCAGUACCGGCCACUGAGUGCUGCCAAUUUCGGCAAGAUCAUCCGCGACAUCUUCCCAAACAUCAAAGCACGAAGGCUUGGCGGAAGGGGGCAAUCAAAGUACUGCUACAGUGGAAUCCGCAGGAGAACAGUUCUGAACAUGCCUCUCCUCCCAAAUCUGGACCUCAAGAAUGACCCGUCAGAGCUGACCGAGUUGGUGCAGUCCUACAACCAGGAGGUGAUGGAGGCAGCAUGCGAGUUGAUCUGCGACUGGGCACAGAAGAUCCUGAAGCGCUCCUUCGACACGGUGGUGGAGAUAGCGCGCUUCCUGGUUAAGGAACACAUCGUCAACCCUCGCUGUAGCCAAGCAGAGCUGAUCAGCUCGGCUACGCUGGCCGAGGGCCCUGUGAGACCCAUGAAGGUGAUGAAGAAAAAUCAAGCCCAGCAGAAAGAAGGCGGGGCAGAGGGUGAGGGAAGAGGCUCUGAAAACAAGAAGGACAAAGAAGGAGGGGAGCAGGUUUCACCAAGCAAGCCGGCGCAGGGUGAGAAAGCAGUGAAGGGGGCAGAGUGUGGUCGGUCAGGUGACCGUGACGUCCAGUUUGAGGCGGUGAUGAAGCGUUUCCCCCAGCUGCUGCCCCGCGGUUCCGUCCCAGACAAGACCCCGCAGCCGCUCCGCUCCUCCCCGCCCACGCUGAUGCCAAAGGACGUAAAGGUCACGCUGCCCAUCACCAUGACAACCUUGCCGCAGCAGCAAGGGGGCACCCUCCCUGUCUUCAACAUGAUUUCAUACGUGUCGUAUCCUGAAAAGGAGAAGGCCUCGGCUGUUUCCGUGGCAACCGCGGCCCCCACGCCGGGAGUGGUGCAGAGGGCCCGUGCUGUGCCAAAGCGGACCCCAGAACCGCCCACCGGUGAAGCGGUCGCAGGAGCCGGGGGAACACCCCCCAAAAGAAAGAGGGGCCGACCCAGGAAGCCACGACCGGAGGAGACAGGGCAGCCCCCGCCUCCUGCUGUCCAAGCCCCUGCCCCUCUCUCUGGGGGGGUCAUCCAGAAAGCCCUGCCGUCCAUGUCCUCCCACAUGCAGGCCCAGGCCCAGCCUGAGGUGGUGAAGAUUGUGAUCCAGAACCAGCACGGCCAGUUCCUGGGGGCCCUCCCGUCCACCCUGGAGGCUCCAGCCAUCGUGGACAAUGUUGGUCUCAGCACUAGCAGUGCACAGGGGAGCAGAGGCCACAGUGACAGCCAGCCAGUGCAGGAAACCUCCCAGAAUGCUCUGCUGCUCCAUGCGGUGAGCCAGCCUGUCACGUCAGGGACACAAACCUGGGAGACAGGCAGGGGCAUGGUGGAGGUCAUCAGGAGAGCGCCAGUCACCAGGGAGGGGCCCACCACUGUGGCCCCAGCUUUGGCCCUGAGCUCUCAGCCUGAGGAGAAGCAGGAGGUGGAGAUUACUCUCACCCCAGCCCACCCCUUCACAGAGUCACAACUUGCCUCUGCCCCCUCGGCGAGUAGCACUGACUGUCCCCAGCCUAGUGCAAGCUCCCAGACUUAAACCCUGUCCAUCUCAGGAGACAACGAGUGGCACUUCGCUUCCAGGUUCCUACUAUUGUCUCUCAGAAGAAGGUGUGAUAUUCUUCCCUAGUCAUUUCGUGGAAAUACGUGACAUACUCUUAGAGUAGCCUAUUGGAUUCAUCCCACUGCAUAAACACAUUGGUGACAGCUGACAGCAGCCCUUCAGUCAGCUCUAAGACUUGUUAGCAAAAUAGCAAGUCAGUUCUGUGGUGUUACUGGUGCUGCAUUUUUUUAACAGGGAGGUUUCAAAGCCCUAUGAGGGUGUCUUUAAGUGCAAAUGAAAUGGUCUUUACGGGUUUUGACUCAUAGGUAUGAGUAUCAGUGCUACCCUCAUCAGGGUAUUGAUUCUUCUGUGCUUUUAUUUUAUAAUACAUUUUGGGAUAUUUUGUACAGAUGUAUCAUUUACUGUGCAGUUAAUGAAUGUUAAACUGCUCCUUAUAAUCAAAUGCUGUACCCUGUCAGAGACCUACAGUGGGCUUUUCAAAGGGAUUUUCUUUUGUUUUCAUGCCAUUGUGUGUUAUAUGUGGAAGUGAAUUACCAUCUCCUCAUUCACCUAUGGCAGGGCAAAUAGCAGCUGGGGUAUGUGAAUGUGGCCCACCACAACUCCACAAAAGAGAGUAGAUCAUAUCUUAAAAGGACUUUGAAAUGAGGUGAUGGUAUGCAGUACUCAAAAUGUCUUUUGGCUCAAAGCACAUACAGUACUAUGGAUUGUACUGUAGGUAUUAAAUAUCAGCCAAUGUUAUUUGUGUGCAUUUUUAUGGUCUGAGGACUGUUACUUUCAUUAAUUGGAGAGACUUGUGGAGGAAAGUGCAAAUGUCUUUGUCUGCCAUGUUUGAAUUUGCAUUUAUAACUUAUUUUUCUAAUGUUAUUAUUUGCUAACGUAUAAUUAUUUUCCCUGAAAUGUUAUAUUUAAUUUUUAGUUACAAUGCCUUCACAGCAUGUAAAAGUGGUUGUCACACACUUUUAGUUGUUGGCAUUUCAAAUAUUUUUUGAAACCAAGCGGAUAUUCGCACUUCGUUCCUGGGCACUGUGGAGUUGAUUGCACCUCUUUUGCCUCUUAGCACAUAGCUGGCAGUCUGCAAAAUGUAAAUGCAAUUUAAACUGUUCAUAUAAAAAGUAACAACGUGACUUUCAAAUUUAGUUUUUGCAAAGCUAAGGAAAGAUGGCAAACAAAUCAUUAGCCACCAAUAGCCCAGACUGUUAGAGAAAAACCCACAUUGAGAAACCAUUCCAUGGCUUUUCAGUGCUUCAUCUUGACUGAGUCAACAGUGUUGCUAAGUUGUAACUCCACCCAUGAGGUCAACUUCAAUACUUUCAGAAGACUAACAAGUUCCUUCUGUAAUGUCGAAAGUCUUAAGUGCACAACCUGCAAAUUGAUUUGAACGGCACAUUUUGCAAUUUUCCUCUGGAAAUAUCUAGGUAUGGCCAGGCUAACUGAACUUAAAUCUAAAUUAUUCUGUUCUGAAAAUGAUAUAGUAUGAAGACAUUAUGAACUAUAUAAGUAAUAUAAUAUUAUAUUGUAAAAUCAAAAUUUAUACUUCUAAAAGUAUUCAGCAAUUCAGGUGUUCUUCAUCAGUACCUAGCAAAUGUAUAAACAAACCAUUUGCCUGUGCAUUAUUUUCAUGGAUCAUGAACGCAGCAGGGGUUUUCAUAAUAUGAUUGUAUAUUUUCUACUUCUUUUCAUUUCAAAUUUCUAAAAAGGCUUAUGGCUUGCACUUUCUUUUUACCAAAUUAUUUUUAAUUUGUCUGCAUAAAACAUUGAAUAAUAUAAAUAUAGCACCUUAUAUGUUGUUUAAAAUAUUUAACUGUGCACUUCUGUGAUCUCUUCCAAUUAAUAAGUAUAAAAUGCAGCUAAUGUGAAUAUAUAUUUUCAAAAAUGCUUGACAUAAAUGUUGGGUUAGUGUGAGACACUGUUGUUAUACUUUCAUGGAGUAUUACAGUCAACUUUUCAGUCAAUAACUGUCUUAUUGAUGUUUAAUUUAAACAAAGUUUUCUACUCUGCACUGCCAUGUAUAAAUCUUUUUUUUUUUUUUUCUGACAACAAUCAAGUAAUUUCAGUUAGUGAUCCACCUUCAUUCCUGUAGGUUGACAGUUACUCAGCAGUAACUUAUAACACAAUGUUAUCUCUUUCAGAGUACAUCCCUUGGUGAAAAUUUUUAAUCAUCCUGUUUGGUAUGAAACUCCAGUGCUGAAAUAAAAUACAAAAAUAACCAAACUGAA